UUGCAAUCCACAGCCCCUGUGCCUGUCAGAGGCCCAGCCCUUAACGACAGGGCCAGGAAAGAAGCAGAACUGCGGCUGUUUUCAGGAACCUACCUUGAAGAAGCCAGCAGAGACCCUAGAGGCCAGCAAGGCUCCAGCAAUCCAGGCUCCAGUUGUGGUAUGACUCCGGAGAGGUGAGACUUUGGAACACAUUGGUGAGGUCCUCUAACUAGAGGUAUCAAGAUGGAAUCAUAGCAGCGACUACAACUUGGUGACUGAAAGACGGUAAGCACCAAGUUGGCAUUAUGGUGGGGCUGACAGCCUGGAGCCUGACUGGAGCUGCCCUCAUCCUCUUGCUGCUCCCUCCAAGCCUAGAGGAUUGUGCACACAUCCGUGUCUCAACCCCCAUUGUCCGCCUGGGGGACCCCGUUACAGCCUCCUGCACCAUCAACCAGACAUGCAGCUCCUUGGGCCCAGAGUCACAGAUCGUGUGGAAGCUGGAAGCAGAGCUUCAACCCGGCGGGAAGCAACAGCACCUGCCAAACGGGGCCCAGGAGUCCACCAUCACCUUGCCCCACCUCAACCACCCUCGAGCCCUUCUCUCCUGCUGCCUGCUCUGGAGGGGCAGCCUGCAGAUCCUGGACCAGGCAGAGCUGCAGGCAGGCUACCCCCCUGUGGUGCCCUCCAAUCUGUCCUGCCUCAUGAACCUCACAACGAACAGCCUCUUCUGCCAGUGGGAGCCAGGACCAGACUCCUACCUGUCCACCAGCUUCACUCUAAAGAGUUUCAAGAGCCGGGAAAAUUGCCAGACCCCAAUGGGCUCCAUCCCGGACUGCAUGGCUGAGGACAGACAGAGCCACUGCUCAAUCCCACGCAAACACCUGCAGCUGUACCAGUAUAUGGGCAUCUGGGUGCAGGCAAAGAACGCACUGGGGACCAGCAAGUCCUCACAACUAUGUCUUAGUCCCAUUGAUGUUGUGAAACUUGAACCCCCCACACUGGGGGCCCUGUACCCCAGCCCAAGGAAGGACCCACCCCAGCCAGAGUGCCUGCAGCUACACUGGGAAACAUGGAAGCCAAGCUUGUACAUGGAACAAAAGUGUGAGCUACGCCAUCAGCCACAGCUUGGAGAAGCCCACUGGACCGUGGUGAGCCCCCUGCCUUCCACAGUUCCCGGGUAUGAGCUCUGCGGUCUCCUCCCAUCCACAGUCUACAUCCUGCAGAUACGCUGCAUCCGCUGGCCCCUGCCAGGCUACUGGAGCAACUGGAGCCCCAUCCUGAAACUGGUCACUGGACAGCAGGCCCCCACUGUCAGACUGGACACCUGGUGGCGGCAGAGGCAGCGGGACCCCAGGACCGUUGACAUGCAGCUGCUGUGGAAGCCAGUGCCCCUACAGGAAAACAGCAGGCAGAUCCAAGGAUACCUGGUCUCCUGGCAGCCCCUGAACCAGUCAAGGGAAGCCCGAGUCCUCUGCAACACCACGAAGCUAACCUGCACAUUCAGCCUGCCUUCAGAAGUACGGGAGGUAGUCCUUGUGGCCUAUAACACAGGAGGGACCUCACCUCCCACCCGGGUGGUCUUCCUGGAGAAUAGAGGCCCACCCCUGACCGGACUCCACACUGUGGCCCGAGAUCCUCACAGUCUCUGGGUGGGUUGGGACCUCCCCAUCCCUCAGCCUCAGGGAUACGUGAUUGAGUGGGGCCUGGGACCCCACCUCCACGGUGACAACAAUAAGACCUGGAGGCUGGAGCAUAAUGGAAGUAUCACAGGGACCCUGCUGCAGGAGAACAUAAGGCCAUUUCAGCUCUGCGAGAUCACAGUGACAUCCCUGUACCAAGAUGCUGUGGGACCCUCCCAGAACAUCUACGCCUACUCCCUAGAGAUGGCCCCCUCCCAUGCCCCAGAGUUGCAGCUGAAGCACAUUGGCAGUACCUGGGCCCAGCUGGAGUGGACACCCCACACCCCAGAGCUGGGGGAGAGCCCCCUUACCAACUACGCCAUCUUUUGGACCAAUGCUCAGGACCAGUCCUUCUCCACCAUCCUGAAUGCCUCCUCCCAUGACUUUGUUCUCCACGGCCUGGAGCCUGCCAGCUUAUAUCAUGUCCGCCUCAUGGCUGCCAGUCAAGCCUGGACCAUCAACAGCACAAGCCUUACCCUGAUAACCUUGGCCUCAGAGGAUUCUCUGAUGCACAUCCUUCUGGGUCUGAUCGGUCUCCUGUUCUUAUUCAUCUGCCUCUGUGCAGUUUCCUGUUUCUGCUGUAGACCCAGCAGGAAGAACCCCUUGUGGCCAAGCAUCCCUGACCCAGCCCACAGCAGCCUGGGCUCCUGGGUGCCUGUUAUCAAGGCAGAGGAGAUCUUCCAGUUGCCCAGACUUCGAGACCCUGUCAUGCCACCCAUCACUAAGAUCACAGUACUGGAGGAGGAAGAGAAUAAGCCAGAGCCCUGGGAGUCCAAUGACGACUCAGGAAACUAUAACCUCCCCACUUUGGCCCCAGGCUUAUGUACUCCAGGG